UGACCUGCGUCCCUUCCCUUUUUUGGCGGGACGUCCAGGGUUUGGAGAUUGGGUAAGGCCGAGGCCCCACCACAAUGUCAUCUCUGGAGCUUCACCUUCCUUAGGGACUUCUGUCUAAAGAAUGAAGGAGAGGGAGAGCCAAAGCACCAGAUUUUGAUCCUAGUCACCUGGGACCCAGGAAACAGACUCAUUGUAUUAAAAUCUUACUGAGCACCGACUGCAUGCCAGGCACCAUUCAGGCUUCAUCAUUAAUUCAACAAGCAGAACUGCCUGCCGAGGAGCUGGCUGUUCCUGCAAGAGGCCCAAGGAGGAGGGAAUGACCGCUGGGCUCCUCACUGCCAGGGACCCGGAGCAAGUGACUUUUGAGGACGUGGUCGUGGAGUUCACCUGGGAGGAGUGGGGACAGCUGGAGCCAGCCCAGAGGACCCUGUACCGAGAUGUGAUGCUGGAGACCUUUGGGCUCCUUGCCUCUGUGGGACACUGGCUCCCAAAGCCGGACGUCAUCUCCCUGUUGGAGCACGAGGCGGAGCUGUGGGUGGUGGACAAGGGAGCCCCCCGAGGUGUGUGCACAGACUUUGAAACUAGACAAACCAAACUAUCAACUGUGAAGCAAGACAUAACUGAAGAAAUACCCAAUAAUGCUCUGGUAGAAAGGUUCCUGUGGGAAAGUCUGUGGAACUCCAAGGGUGAAAAUGCUGAGGGCCACUGGGAACAGGGUCGCAAGAGGCCAGAUAGCCAUGUGGUGCAGUCUGCCUUCAUGCCUGUGAAGACACCCACUCAGGAGAAGCAGCAGGGGAAUGGGUUUGGGGAAAACUUGAGUCUGAGGCCUGAUCUCUCAACUCGACCAAUGAUUCCUAAAAGGCAAGGCCCCCCCGUGUGGGGAACACAUGGAAAGAGGGAGGAUCUGGACUCAGAUACUCAACAGAAAACCUGUGCAAAAGAGAAGCCCUACAGAUGUCAGGAAUGUGGAAAGGCCUUUAGUCACAGCUCAGCACUCAUCGAACACCACCGAACACACACGGGAGAGAGACCUUACGAAUGUCACGAAUGUGGAAAAGGCUUCCGAAACAGCUCAGCGCUUACCAAACACCAGAGAAUCCACACUGGUGAGAAGCCUUAUAAGUGCACUCAGUGCGGGAGGACCUUCAACCAAAUUGCCCCACUGAUCCAGCACCAGAGAACUCAUACAGGUGAGAAGCCCUACGAGUGCAGUGAAUGUGGGAAAUCCUUUAGUUUUAGGUCCUCCUUCAGCCAACAUGAGCGGACGCACACAGGUGAGAAGCCCUACACAUGCAGUCAGUGCGGGAAGGCCUUCCGGCAGAGCAUCCACCUCACCCAGCACCUCCGAAUCCACACCGGGGAGAAGCCCUACCAGUGUGGAGAAUGCGGCAAGGCCUUCAGCCACAGCUCGUCCCUGACCAAACACCAGCGGAUCCACACGGGGGAGAAGCCCUACGAGUGCCAGGCAUGUGGAAAAGCCUUCACCCAGAUCACACCACUGAUUCAGCAUCAGAGGACACACACAGGCGAGCGGCCCUACGAGUGCAGUGAGUGCGGGAAGGCCUUCAGCCAGAGCACACUCCUGACUGAGCAUCGGAGGAUCCACACAGGAGAGAAGCCCUACGGGUGCAACGAGUGUGGGAAAACCUUCAGUCACAGCUCGUCGCUUAGCCAGCAUGAGCGGACACACACGGGUGAGAAGCCCUACUCGUGCAGUCAGUGCGGGAAGGCCUUCCGGCAGAGCACACACCUCACUCAGCACCAGAGAAUCCACACCGGGGAGAAGCCCUAUGAAUGUAGUGAGUGCGGGAAGGCCUUCAGCCACAGCUCGUCCCUGACCAAACACCAGCGGAUCCACACCGGGGAGAAGCCCUAUGAGUGUAACGAGUGUGGCAGAGCCUUCAGCCAGCUUGCGCCACUCAUUCAACACCAGAGGAUCCACACGGGAGAGAAGCCCUAUGAGUGUAAUGAGUGUGGCAGGGCCUUCAGCCAGAGCUCCCUCCUCAUAGAACACCAGAGGAUUCACACCAAGGAGAAACCCUAUGGGUGCAACGAAUGUGGAAAAUCCUUCAGCCACAGCUCAUCGCUCAGCCAGCACGAGAGGACACACACUGGGGAAAAGCCCUACGAGUGCCAGGAUUGUGGAAAAUCCUUCAGGCAGAGCACCCACCUCACUCAGCACCGGAGGAUCCACACAGGAGAGAAGCCAUAUGAGUGCAGGGACUGCGGGAAAGCCUUCACACACAGCUCCUCCCUUACCAAGCACCAGAGAACUCAUGCUGGGUAGACCCACUCCACAUGUUCUGGGACACAGCAAAGCCUUAAGCUAUAGCGCAUUGCUUACUAGAUUUGACCCAGUCAUACUCCUGAGAAACAACACAAACGUUAUACACAAGGCUUCAUGCUCAGCAAACUCCUUACACCCCCACAGAGAGUUCAUAUUUAUGGAAAUGAUUGUGGGAAUACCUAGCUCUGGGUCAUCCAUCCCGGGAUAUCAGAUCAUCCAGACAGUAGGGAAGUGUGGAGUUAAUCACUGUUGAGGACUUUCAGCCAUGAGUGGCCACUAAUGCUUCAUUAUAGAACCUACAAAAGAGAAAUGGAAAAAAAUGUGGAUCUGGGGUGGCUUCUAAGGAUUCACCAUAUUCCAAACCAGAGAUUUUCAAAGUGGUGACAAACUCAGCGAAUGCCUUUCA